AUGAUCGGAGUCGAGUCUCGCUGUCAGCUUCUGGUUAAACUGGGCGAUUCAUUGGUGAAGUUACCUGAGAUAUUCGGCGCUGAUGGCCGUCCUGGGAAUCUCGUCGAUUACCUCCUCUCAAAAGCAAGCGGCUCAAAAUCCCUGGAUUACUCUCUCCUCUGGAGUGUCCUCCAAAAUGCCCUCCUCCCAAUAUGGCCAUCAGAUCGUACCCAAAUCAACGGCAUCCCUGUCGGCGAUGCCUGGCCUUUACAGGUCCUAGCAGACCACGCCAAGAAGAAUGGAGAUACGUUCCCCACGGCAUCGAUCCAGCCCUUCCACAAACUCACCCAGUGGCUCGCCUAUUCGCUAAUGGUCCCGUUUGAACGCAUACUAGGCGUAACCUGGCAGAACGCGCACUUGGGUACCGGACUCCCAGAGUACCGUAACGGAGGGCUUUUCGUUGACACGGGAGUCCUGAAACUUAAGCCGGAGCUGGACAUCCCGGCUCCCGGGGAAACCUUGCCGAAAUUCGGCUCUACGGACGAUGUGAUUGUUGAGUGGAGAGCGAUGACUGUUGCGCUUUUGGAUGAGUUGCAUAAGGUUAUUCUGGAGAGGAUGGGGAUCCAGUUGAGUCUGGCGCAGGUGCUGGAGUCUGGGUCGUGGAAGGCCGGGCGGGAGCUGGCUGCUGAGAGACGGCCGAAGACACGAUCUAGUCCGAUUCUGCUUGCUGGAGAUGGGACGUUGUUCUAG